ACAGAUUAGACCAAAUUGGUGUGACCUGAGGGUCCAGUCUCGUACACUUCCCAGUAGAAGAGUAAACAGGCAGGAAACAUAUAGAUAGAACUGCAUGUGGUGGGCUACAGUAAGAAGACGGGACUCAGCCCGAGCUCUGCCCACAUCGCUCGACUCUCUGCUGGAAGUCAGCCUUCGGGUUCCAUUCCUGGUGUCUGGGCCACCCCCACUCUGAGUCAAGCCUUGCUGCCUUCAGCAGUGAGCACAAAGCCACGUUUCAAAGGAGACUGACAAAUUAUCCCCAGCUGCCAGAAGGAGAAUCCUUCCUGGACGCCUUCUUGUCUCCUGUGAGUCUUCACCUAACCUGCUGCAAGAAUGAACCUUCGCAAGUUCCUGGGAGGCACUGUCUUAGUCGCCUUCAUGCUCUUCAGCUACUCGGAGCAAAACCAAGUGAAUGUGCUGUGCUCGACAGAUUGGUUCAUGGUCACCGUUCACCCCUUCUUGCUGAAUAAUGAUGUGUAUGUUCAUUUUUACGAGGUGCACCUGGGCCUUGGUUGCCCUCCCAAUCAUGUUCACCCACAUUUCUACCAGUUUCACUACCGCGUUACCGAAUGUGGCAUCCGCAUCAAGGCUGUCUCUCCAGAUGUCGUCAUCUAUAGCUCUGAGAUUCACUAUGCUUCCAAGGGCUCAUCAACGAAAUAUGUGAUUCCCGUGUCCUGUGCUGCCCCUCGCCGGUCCCCUUGGCUCACUAAGCCCUACUCCGCGAAAGCACCUAGCAACAACAUGGGUGCGACUCCGAAGAAUGAUACUUCCUACCACGUGUUCACCUUGCCAGAGCCUAGCGAACAACCCAACUGCAGCUGCCCACCUUAUGUCUACAAUCAAAAGAGCAUGUAAACCCUCCAUCAUGGGACAGAGUCUUUGGAGGUCCUUCUUGUGUAGUCAUCUGACUGUGCAAAUGUUUCUGGGGACUAGUGUGUUCACUCAGAUGAUCUGAGGAAACCCAUAUAGUGCCCAGAUGUAAGGGCUUCUGAAAAUUCUGUUUCUAAAAAUGAAUAUAUAGCAUUUUCUACUGUCAGCCAAAUAGAUGCCAUGAUAGCUCUUUUAGGGGAAUUUUGGAAAGGGUCAAUUCAUAUAUAGCUGAUUGUAACUUUUUUUUUUACUAUUUUUGUAUCUUUUAAAACAAUAAUAAAAUUCUGAUUGGCAAUAAA